AUGAAGAAACGAAUCGUGAUAUUCGGCGGCACUGGGAACACCGGUCUCUGUUCUCUAAGAACCGCCGUAGAAAAUGGUCUGGAGGUGAGAGCUUUUGUAAGAGACAAAGAUAAGGUUCCUGAGGAUCUUAGAAAUAAAGUUGAACUAAUUGUUGGAGAUGUUAUUAAUGCAAAGGAAGUUGCAAAUGCGGUAGCUGGUAGAGAUGCCGUUGUGGUAACACUUGGCACCAGGACAGAUUUGAGUCCUACUACCGUAAUGUCUCAAGGCAUGAAAAAUAUAAUAGAAGCCAUGAAAGCACAUAAUGUUGAACUGGUGUCUGUAUGCCUAUCAGCAUUUUUAUUCCUCAAAUUUGAAGCAGUGCCUGCUAUAUUUAGAGCUAUAACUGAAGACCAUCAGCGCAUGUUCAACCUGAUCAAAUCGAGUGGUUUAAAAUGGGUGGCGAUAUUGCCACCGCAUAUUGCAGAGACACCAAAAUCCAAGUACACUGUUACAUUCGAUUCUUCGCCUGGACGAGUAAUCUCUAAACAUGACCUGGGUACGUUUCUUGUUGAAUGUCUUGAGAAUCCUGAUUAUUACCAAAAGAUCUGUGGCAUUGCGACCGUGUCAUAAUGCGAGAAAUGGUAGGGAUGUAAAAACAAUAAGAUGCAUGUAUCUUUUUCUAGUGGAAAAAUAAAUAUAUAUAUUUAUGUA